AUGGCUCCUCGGAUUUUCCUCACUGGAGCUUCUGGAUACGUCGGUGGCCAAUUCAUCCCCAACAUGCGAGCAAAGCAUCCCUCAUAUCAAAUCAUCAGCCUCGUUCGAACCAAAGAGACAGGAGAAAAACUCACCUCCAAAUACCCAUCUGUACAAAUCGUCAUCGGUGAUCUCGAUUCCAGCAGUCUGCUAGUGGAGCAAAGCAAGUUGGCAGAUGUGGUGAUUCAAGCCGCAGACUGCGAUCACCUCAACGCCAUAACGUGCAUCAUGCGCGGCUUGUCCGCCGGCGCGAGAAACGCACCUCUCAUCCAGCUAUCCGGCGCAGCCAGCGUCCUAGAUAUAUGCAAUGGAGUCGGGCAGCGGAGCCCGAGAGUCUGGGACGAUGGCGUGGACUUGGAUGAGAUCCUCAGCUUCGACGCGACGCAUGUGCAUCAUGCUAGCGACAAGCUUGUGUUCAGCGAAGGCAAGAAGCACGAUGUCAGGACCGCGAUCGUGGCGCCGCCCAUGAUAUACGGUAGAGGCCACGGGAUCAAGGAGUGGAGCAUGGGCCUGCCGUGGCUGGUUGGAAUGUUUAAGAACCGUGGAAAGGGGUUUGUGGUUGGGGAGGGCAAGACGAUUGUCAGUAGUAUACAUGUGAGGGAUAUUGCGGAUGUGCUGGUGUAUUUUGCGGAACAGGCACUGGGUGCGGAAGAUGGCGGGAGGGUGGAGUGGGGUGAGAAGGGCGGGAGAGUGUACUUUUUUGGACAUGUGGAUGUUAUUGCGAGAGAGAUGAAGGGGAAGGGGAUGAUCGAGACUGCGGAGCUGGAUUCGCUGACGUCUGAAGAGGCGGAUCAAUUGCAUCCGUGGGCUACUUUCAUGUAUGGAUCUAAUAUGAGGAUUUGUGCCUCUAGACUGCGGGGUUUGGGAUGGACGCCGAAGCAACCGGGGGUCAUUGAGACGGUUUUCGAGAUGUUAGAAUGA